AUGCUGUUACAAGGUCACUUUAUAAAGACCACACUAACUCCUCUCAAAGUAAACCACUGUACAAGCAAUGAUGUCACCUGUACCACUGUUAGUUCUAAAUCAAUCUUUUCCCCCUGUAUUGUUUCUCCAUCAGUGGGCGAAGGUCGAAAUCUGAUCCCCAUGGACCCCAACGGCUCGUCUGACCCUUACGUCAAGCUCAAGCUCAUCCCAGACCCCAAGAAUGAGACCAAGAAGAAGACCAAGACCAUCCGUGCCAACCUCAACCCCACCUGGAACGAGUCUUUCACUUUGUGAGUUGAGGUGUACCCCUGGUCACAGUGUUAGGCCCCUUUCACGUUUGUGUAUAAUGGGUAAUGUAGUCAUUAUCAUUAACCCUGUGCAUAUGUAUGUGUGUUAUUCCAGCAAGCUGAGGCCUACAGAUAAGGACCGCAGGCUGUCUGUGGAGGUGUGGGACUGGGACCGGACCACCAGGAACGACUUCAUGGGCUCCCUGUCCUUCGGUGUGUCAGAGCUGAUCAAAUCGCCUGUGUGUGGC